AUGCAGGGGAAGAUGUCCGCAGUCUUGCGGAAGAUCCUCGGCCUCCACAAGAAGAAGAUCACCAAGAAGGACUCCAUUACCGGUCGAAACAACAGUUUUGUAAGCUUUAUCCGUUUUUGGGGUCAAGCUAUGGGUUUAUAAUGAUGACUUAUGUAAAAUAUCAAUUAUUUGGUAAAUAUUUAUAUGAUUUUUAACUUGAUAUGAUAAUUCGUCAAUUGUAUUGUAAUAUAUUAAUGUGUUAGUGAAUGUGAUUAUUUGCUUUCAGCCGGUUCCAUACUUGGCCAAGCUUGAGGGUAAUCAGCUCCAGCCAGGACAGUCUUUAAUUGUACGAGGAAUUGUUGUAGGUAUGCGUUUUGUGCCUUUUUACAAUCUUUUUGAAACCUUUUUUAAAAUAUUUGCAGCUUUAUGUAUCAUUACAUACAAAGGCUAUAAAACAACAUAUGAGAGCAGAUUAUUUAAUAUUGCGCUACUUCAGGCCGCCAAGACUUUGUCAUCAACUUAACCAACGGCCCUCGUGUAGAAUUCGACGAUGAAGUGGACGUACUAGAUGACCGCCUUCUGUGUGUCCGAGUAGACAUCGAGAAGCGGAAGAUCCACAUGAAUGCCUGUAUCAAUGGCGAAUGGGGCCGAGAAGGCUGUGUGAAGCACAAAUGGCAACCUGGCGACGAGUUCGACAUCCGAGUACGAUGUCACGAAGACGAAUUCGAGGUGUACGUGGAGCACAAACUGGUGGCCCGGUUCGCGCACUACGUCCCGCUAGCCAAGAUUACACACAUCUACAUCAACGGAGACAUCGAGCUGUUCAGUUCGUCCUGGGAGGGCAUGUAUUACGUAAGGGGGAGGUUGACAAUAUUCGUUUUGUUUUUAGAACGUCCCUUACUCGGCGGAUAUACCGGGUAAUUUCUAUCCGGGAAGGAAGCUGUACGUCUCGGCUUUGGCCAAAAAGAAAGCCAAACAGUUUUUCGUCGAGUUUUAUGCCGGCUCCGACGUGGUUCUGCAGCUGAAUCCCCGGUUUCCGGUCAAGGUAUGUGGUGCCAGACUUGUUUUGUUUGCUGUUCAUUCCGAAUGCAACAGAGUAGUGAGAGUGUUCGGCAUUGUGAACAGUGUUUGAGCAGUGCAAAGACAAUUUUAAAGACUGCUCAAACGCUGUAGAGCAAUAUGCUUGUCUAAACGAGUAGAACAAAGACAAUAUUCACGUAGACAAGCCGGCAAUAUUCAUGUAAAGCAGAAAAUAUUAACGUAAAACAGAGAAGACUAACGUUUAACACACAAUUUUGAUGUAGAAAAGACGAUACACUUGCCAAAACGUAAUAUUCAUGCUGUAAACGAAAAAACGUUUACGUCGCAGAAGAAUAUCCAUGUUUAUGCCCUUUGAGAAUCCAAUUUCAGAAGCUGGUUUGUAACAGCAAAUUAGAAGGCAAAUGGGGCAACGAAGAAAUCCUCGCCCUGGAGCCAUUCCCCUUCAAGAGAAAGCGAAACUUUGACCUUCUCAUCUACUGCGAGGAGACCAAGUUCCUGAUAUACGCCGAUGACUGCCUCGUCGGCACCUUCGACCACAGGAUAAACCCACGUGCCGCCGAGAAGAUUCAAAUUAGCGGCGACAUUGUGUUGCAAGGUGUGCAUCUUAAAUAAUGUAAAUAAAACUACGCGAUUCAAUUAGGCUUGAUUGUGAGGGCGAAGUAAUUGUAACAGAAAACGUAAUAGCAACAUAAAAGUCCAUUUGAAGUUUCUGUUUCCGCAACGAGUACGAUGGGAAUAAGUAAAGUAGACUUAUAUUUUAAACUUCCUUCCCCCAGGGGAUUAAUCAAUGCGGCCAGCUGAAGGGCUACAAUUACACAGAUUCCUUUCACGUUUGACAUCCGCCACUCCGUCCGGCUUCCGAAUUUCACAAAAUAAAUUUAUUUUGGGAAAAGAUUUCGACGCAAAAUCAAGAAAAUCAAUCGUGACACUUCGUUCCGAAGCUAAUUUUAAUAAACGAUUUUUCGGAAUUCUCCUCGAGAUCUGAUCAACUAUAAUAUAGCGUGAUCAAUUCGAAUUGAGUCAAAACGAUGUUGAUCGUGAAUAAAUUGGGGAGCCAUUAGGGAAAUGAAAACAUAUUCCACAUCCUGUUGAUUCCAAACUUGUGUGCACUUGCAAUUCUCAAAAAAUAAAUAAUUUAUGCAUGAAGGAGCAUUAAGUGGUUGGAACACCGCACUCUUUUUUGUUAUCGGAUAUUUAUUUGAUUUUGAGGGGAAGAGUCUCUUUAGGCGUCGAAGCCAUAAGAGAAGCAUACCAAAAAGAUGCUAACUGGUUGGCGCCAGUCCUGCCCGAAUUCUUUUGGACAUCACCAGGACAGGGGCGAGAGGGGGGAGGGAGGAGACUGAUGCUUGGCCACAACCUCCAGAGCCGUUUAUGUGCGGGAGAGGGCUUUUCCCCCGGCCUUCCAUUCUCGUCCGGUCCUGUUUAUGCGCUGAACAAGAAAAAAAAAAACAAUAAUCUAGGUGGAAUUAACCGCUCCUCCCGCUCGCCCGCCGUCUCGCAAAGUGCUUUUCUCAUCUUUCGGUUUUGGAGUCGUUUAUUGAGACAUUUGCAAUGUUGUUAUCGCUGAACUGGCACAUUUUAAAUGUUUUUGUUGUUCCACAGGCAGAUUUGCCAUGUUUUUUGUUUGAGACAUUCCUGGUUUCGUGAUUAAAACGAUAAUUUGGCGAUGGUUUUGUGGUUAUUAAGGUGGUCAGAAAUUACGUGGAACUAUAUAGUCUCUUACGUUAUUAUAUCUCAUUCUUAUGGUUUUACUUUCCUUUUCACCGAACCAGUAAACGGAGACAUUUACUAUGUUUUUAUGGUUAAAAAGACAUUCGCGAUGUUGUUUAUGGUGUAAAUGAAGUUUUUAUUGUCAAAACAAGUAGUUUCUGUUUUCAUAGUUAAAACAAGUAGUUUAUGUUGUGAUAGUUAAGUAUAUGACAAAAUGUUUUAUUUUUAAGACAACGUUUUUAUCAAAAAUUUCAAAUGUUUCGAUAUCUUUGAACGUGUUUAUUAUAUCAAGGUGAAUAAAACAAUAUAUUGCAGGCCAUGUACAAACAUCUACAUAGUGGGUAAAGCGGAAUCACAAAGUAAGUGAUUUUGUCAUUCUAAAACUAUCAAGGAAGCUACUUUUGUCUUUAGUGUUUUGACUGAACAGAAGGGUAUUAUUCCGAAAUUUCAAUGCUUUGUAAAGAGGUGAUCUUGUAAUGUCUUUCAAGUAUUGGAAUACGGCUUUUGGUCCAAAGGAAUGUGUGUUAUGAUAUAUGUCUUUACCUCGGAGUAUAAAUUGUUUGAACACAUUCCCCUUGAUGGAGGGGAUCAUUUGUGGGAAUUGCUAUUAGGGAAAGAGCUUAGGUUUCCGAACCAAUAAAACGAGGGUCGGGUUUCCCCCCCCCCCUUUUUUUCUGACAGUUUAAGUUGGUUUCUUUUUUUUGACUCGGCCAUUUUCCGGAUGAUCAGAUUAUGGCCCUUCUGUAACCAUGGUCUCCAGCCAUAUGAUUAAAAUUGUUUAGCUAUGGAAAGGGCCCGGAAGAAGCUGGCCUCGGCCAUCGACGGCAUCAAGAACCUCACCAUCCGCACCGAGUAUGACGUGGACGAAGCCCUGUCUUCCGAACACUUUUGUCUGUCAGAGGUAGGUUGUUGUUGUGACGUCUGGAGCGAGUUCGAGGACAACGGCACGCUGUGCUUUCACCGUGUUAAUAGGUGUCUGUCCGAGAACUUAUGCUUUUGUAAAUCUUGAUUAUAUUUUUAUUAAAUUUGGUCAAAAAAUAAAGUUAAAACAAUAAAAAAAAUUUUUUUUGGACUUUAACCAAUAGUAAAUAGAUAAUGAAUCUCAUAAGGAAAUGUUGUGGCUUUAAUUAGUUGUAGUGCUUUUAAACCUUUGAUAAAAGUAUGGUUUUAGAUCGUCAGACACGGGUUUCCGGACGAUCCACGAUGCAUGGACUACGACCCAGUCCAGCGACUGGUAGCUAUUGGGGCUGGCCAUGGCUGUGUAAGGUUACUAGGCCAGCCUGGAGUGGACUACCAUCUAAAACACGAGUCGGACGAACCAGUUCUCCACGUUCAGUUUCUUGUAAAUGAGGUAAUGUUGAUUAAAUUUUCAAUUUGAUGUGACUUUUGAUGACUUAAAUUAAUUUAAUGCCAUGAUUAGGUACAUUAAUAUCCUUUUUUGCUCAAAUUAAACCAAAAUGUCAUGUUAACAUUGAGUACCAUUACAGGGAGGGCUAAUCACAGCGCUGCGCGAUGACACGAUACACUUGUGGAACUACCGACAGAAGAAGCCGGAGAUCGUGCACUCGUUGAGGAUGACCAAGGAGCGUGUUACUUGUAUUUAUCUGGCGUUCCAGAGUAAAUGGCUACAUGUCGGCACAGACAAAGGGAACGUUUACUUCGUAUGUCUGGCCAAUUUCGAGCUGUCGGCUUAUGUCAUAAUGUGGAACAAAGCGAUCGACCUGUAAGACAUUACCGUAAUCUUGUUAAUGGCCUUUCGUGAGUUACAGUAAUCUCAUAGUGUGUUACAGUAACCUCGUUAUGAAUAUGUAAGCUGUUAUCAUAACUUUUUGCUAUUUAGGAGUUGCCGAGUUCACCCUGGAUCAGUCAAGGACAUCAGCAUGUGUCCCACCGACCAGUCGAGACUUCUGAUCCUGUUUGAGAAAGGCCAGGUCGUGCUGUGGAACGUUGUGACAAAAGAAAGUGAACGUUUCGCUACUGACACAUCUCCUGUCAAAUGUAUAUCAUGGCAUUCUGAUGGUAAACAGUUUAUGUGUGGCCACAAAGAUGGAGCACUCACGGUGUGGAACAUCAGGAAGCCGAAAGACGUACAGCAGAAGAACGUCCCGCACGCUCCGGGAGACAACGUGACCUGCCGUCCGAUCACCCAUCUUCACUGGGCCGUGAACGCGGAUGGAGAACAGCUGAUCGUGUUUGCUGGAGGAAUGCCUUCAGAUGAGGGGGUACUACCUGCCAUGACUCUACUACGGUCCAAAGGGUCGAUUACCGUACUCGAGAUGGAUCACCCCAUCAUUCAGCUGUUCCCACUGAUGUCAUCUCCUUUCAACACGUGUCCUCAACAUCCAUUUGGUACUGCCGUGCUACUGAAGAACGACUUCCUGAUAGUGGACAUGAGUGGUACCGGGGGUGGAUACCCAUGCUUUGAGAGUCCCUACUCUACCGACAUCCAUGAAAGUCCAGUUACCUUACUCACCUACCUAUCUGACUGUCCUUUGGACCUUACGGCCGCUCUUACUUUGGUGGGAAGGCAUCAGAGGAAACAGGGCGUCAGGUUGAGUGAUAAGGUAAGAGUACUAGCAAUCUUGUGAUCUAAUUGUACAAGUGAUCUUUGUUGAUAUUAUUCUUUUCUUUGUUUGCUUUGUAUAAUAUAUUGAUGUACACCCAUUAUUAUGUUGAUUUAAUGUCCCAUUAAACCGCUUUCAGGCCUGGCCAAUCAACGGUGGGGUAGGGCGCGACUGUGCAACGGGUCACGAAGAAGUCGUAAUAACGGGUCACGAGGAUGGGUCCCUCAAGUUCUGGCAAGCCAGCGGGGAGCACCUCCAGAUAUUGUACAAACUCAAGACGAGCCGCCACUUCGAGAAGUCCACCGCCGAAGCCCGCAUCGUCAGUUUCGCCGUCCAGAAGAUCGAAUUGUGUGCCCAGUCUAGGCUGCUGUUGGUGGCCUCGGCCUGUGGUCAGAUAUCACUGUUUCGAUUCCUCAAAACCGAAAAUGCUCAAGAGAUCGCGGUAGGUCUUUUGCUUAUGUUAAUAUGAGUUUAAUUCAUCACUUUAACAGUUAAUGUUACCUAAUGUUACUUGUUUUAUCGUUAACACGGUUUCUAUUGACCUGUUCUAUGGUUAAUAUGCGCUUUAUCAACCAAUUUUAAAGGUUUAUAUUACCUAAAAUUAUAUUUUUGCCAUGCCUUAACGUAUUAUGCCUUCCGGCCAUAAACCUUUCAAUUUAUGUGCUCGUCAAUCAUAUCCACAAGACAAGAUGAAUUACUUUAGAUUUUGGCAUUACCUCGUUUAUCGUCGGCCGUCCCCUCGACCAGUCCUAGUCCAAAGACUGGUAGCGCGGAAGGAUCGACCGAGAAUACGACCAGAGUCGAGCUGAAGCGACAACCAGACCACAUUCCAGAAUCCACUGAGUCGCUACAGAGCGUGGAGACGUCGUCCGUGUCUUCGGAUCAGAUGCCCGUCAAAGUGCGUAGCGGCGUCUUCAGAAGGCCGGCUGGUUAUCAGGUGAGUUAGGGUUUGAGGCUUUAUGUAAAGCUUGAGUUUGUUCGGGUCAAAAAGUAUAUAGAAUGCAUGAAUUAGUAUACAAAAUUUAAUCAAUGAUAAUAUAAGAAGACAUUCACAUUAUUUUCGACCAAGAGUUACCUUUCAACUUCUAAAAUGAUGUUGUUUUAGCCAGAACUGGUCUGCCAAAUCCCCUGGAGCGCCUCUCAAGGCCCGGAGAAGAUCACGGCCAUCGCUCUGAAUUCACAGUACGGUCUUUUAGCCGUGGCUACGCCGGGCGGCCUGGCUUUGGUCGAUAUCCUGACCUUGAGUCUGGUGUACUGUUGGAGUACGGCGGAGUUGUACAACAAGGAUGUCACUUCUUUUGGCGAUGUAUCACCUUCUGAGGUCAGUUUUACAGAGAAUGUCAUAAGCAAUGACAUAUUAGUUAUAAUUAUGAUAUUCAAAACAAUAUUAAGUCACUGACAUCCUCAAGGUAAUGUCAUCAAAGAUACCGUGUGAGCACACGUUUGAAGUGAAGCUUUCUUUAAACUGCUUUCCCUACUAUAACGAAACACUAUACGGACCUACUUACAGUAAUUUCUGUGACGUUACAGUAGUUUCUUACUCAUUACAGUUGUUUUACACAAUACCGUAACACGAUAUUGUAUCCCUCUUACACCUUAUAGUACUGUAACAUACGAUUAGAUAUCAUUUUCACACAGUACCGUACUCCUUUCACACUAUACCCUAACACAUACCGUAUGACCUUAACACGUACCGUAAUCUAUUGACAUUUCAGUUGCUUUCACGCAAACGUAGACAGUUGAAAGUGAGUACGUUAGUAGUCGGUUCCCUUAGGUGUUGUGGGUACUGUAUUUAUUUAUUUCGUUAACAGAGUGCCGUGUGUAGCGUAUCGUACAAAGAGCCGUCGUCUGUAGCCCCAGAAGCACCGUUAAGGCCUAUGCAAAGAUCGUCGCUGACUUCAAAACGUCGAGAAUCCGCGGAAUUCAGAAGCAAGACGCUGUCGUGGGGCAGUCUGACGUCGCGAGAAGACAACAGUCUAGCCGGUGAAUCCUGUACCUCGGUGUCUACAUUGGGCACGAUGUCUCCAGGGUCGUCGAUCGUCUCGCUUCUGAAUAAGGAGCCUUCAAUCGACUUGACUGAGGAUUCUGAAUACGACAAACGACUGAAGAAGAAGCCGAGUCUGGUCAGAAGGCUGACUAAGAAGAUGGCCAGAAGCCUGACGAUCAACACCAGCAACAGGGACCUGAGGCCUCUCGCCUACUCCAAGUCCUUCGACAUACAAAGUGUGACAUGACUUUAGUUUUGUGAUCUUACACUCGCUUUUUGAUAUUACACCUGCUUUUGUGCCAUUUUACUUGUCUUUUGUGAUGUUACACUUGCUUGGUGGCAUCUCAAUUGCAUUUGUGGUUGUUUCUUGUGUUACCGUGACUGUUAUCGUAACGUUCCCUCCGUUAACGUUCCGUUGAGCACGUUUUCAAAUUUUAAAAUUGGAACUUUCUGAUCGGUUCUCACGUCCUCGCUGUCCACAGUCUAGCUAACCCUGAGCUUGUUUAGGCCAUCCACUCCACCCAGACCCCGCCCCACUCCUCGAGCUCACAGAAGUCGUUCAUGAGGUUGAACACCGACUUCAAGCAACGGUCUGCCGAGCGUGCCAGGCCAAUAUUAUCAAAGGCCCAGUCCGUAGCCGUCUCCACACACGACUCGUACCUGGAAGCGCCUUCUAACGGUAAUAAAACCUUUCCUUUGUCGCUCUAACGCUCUCUCUUCCUCUGUUAUCCCUCACUUUCAUCAACUUUGUCAUUGAAUUUAGGUGAACAAUCAGCACGGAACGGCAGUCUACUGUCUCACACUCCAUCGUGCUCUUCCUUAGAGAAGACUGAGACCAGUGACUUCAUUACCACCCUCAACUUCAUGCUAUCUCCGGCUAAGAAAGGCCGUAAGUCAUUUGCAUUGAUUUGAAGAACAUACCAUAAGUUAUAUGAUAUAAACCUUCACUUUACUAUUUUCAGAAACCCAAGAAGAUCCGAGUCUGUGGCUGGGAAUGUCGACGGGCGUGGUGGUUGCUUUCAAUCUGAAUCUACCCCAUAAUCGACUAGCCAAUUCGAUCGUAGUAGCACCAUGUAAUGGUGUCAUCAAACUACAAGAACAGAUCAUAGCUUCAGUAUUCAUGGACAAGAACUUCGCCAUCAUCGAAGCGGCUUCAGAUUCCUUCCGUGACUCCAACAAGGACUCUCCCCCGACCUCAGCCAACCGUGACAAGCUCUACCAGAACAAGGCCCAGACCAAGUCCAGUAUGACGCCCAGCUUUGCUCAGAAUCCGGAUUCUGGAGGCCCACCGCCUCCAGAAGACCUACAACAACUGGGGAUCUUCGUAUCGGAACAGGAGAUCAAAGUGAUCGCUCUUCCUACCUACAACCAGAUAUUCCACUACAAAGCUGACAUUCCUUUUGUCAAAGUAAGUGAAGUCAAGGAUUCAUAUUUUAAUCUUUAUACCUCAGCUUUUAGGUAUGAAAAUAAUAUUUUCAAAUUUGUCUCAACUUCAUUAAACUUGAACUUGCAGGCCAAAUCCACGCACAUCAGAGGCUACCCUGCCUUGAUCUGUUUAAGUGCCUCAGGGCAUAUUGUUGUCUUCAGCUUGCCAUCACUUCAGAUGCUUUUCACCGCUCAACUAUUCAGAAGAUCAGUCGAAAUCGAGGAUGCGUAAGUCUUUUUCCUUCCUUUUUUAUCAAUAAGUCAACCGACCGGUCGGUUAUGAGCUGUUUCCCCUUUUCCGAGCUAUGUCAUAAUAUCUUCAGCAUCUGCUCCAAAACCGACUUCUCCGAGCACGGCAUGGCCAUGUACAUGGCGACCCCUUCCGAGGUAAGUUCCGAAUCCUGAUUCUGAAUCCGGCUUCAGAUGCAAAAACUGACGGUGUGCGCGGAGACGAGGGCGCAGGUGGAGGACAGCGCGGGGGAGUUGUUUGUGCCAUGUGAUAUGCCUGAGGCGCCCAAAAGUUCCUUCUUCAAGGGCGUUUCCACUCUAUUCUCAGGGGGCCAGAAGGAAGUCGUCGACAUCGACGCUAUCUGUAAGUAAUACUCUAAAUGCAUCUCUCAAGUCAUAGUUCAAACAUUCAGUACUGUGGUGCAAAGUUAAGAUAAGAAAAGCUUAGAAAGUCCAAUAUCAUCUUAAUUAUUAAAUUCAAAAUUGUAAAGUGAAGUUACUAUAAGAACAAUUUAACUUUGAGACAAAAGAACUGUUACCUAAAACAAUAUCGCUUUAGUUGCCGAAAAGCCGAACACAACAGCUACUACAAGUGUCAAAACUGUGGCCAAACAAAUCCCGAGCAGUUCUAAUCAAUUGAAUAUGGAGAAUGCCCAGCGGCAUGGAAUCAGUGCUGGUCAAGCGGCCGCCAUGGCUAUUCAGGUAGGUAACACAACAUAUUGACUAAAUUCUGACUACUGUUUUAAAAAGUCGCACUUUUGUGUGUAUUUACGAAGUCAGUGUAAAGCGGGUUACCUUUUAGUAACAAGCAAUGCCAUAAAACUGCGAAUAAGUUCAUUAUUUUAUGACGUUUUUGUGGCGUGGAUAAUAUAAAAUUAUGUAAACCGUUUUUUCAAGAAAUUUUCUCGAGAAAAAUAGAUAAAAACUUACUUUAUAUCAUUGUAAACAGCUUCGUAGUCUAAAAGGGCAUUAUUUCACCUGAAAACGUUAUUUAACAAGGUUUUGUCGGCCCUGCGACGUGCGCCCUACCACGCUGCAGCCUGCACACAAGUGGUUUUGAAAUAAAUAAUUCGCGAGCCGUAUUUUAGCUUUUUAACCAAAAUAUAGCCAAAAAAAGAAAAGCGAAAAAAUUGAUAGAUUUUUUUAUAUAUGUGACAUUUUAUAUUGUAGAACCUGAACGAGAGAGGCGACAAACUGAACGCGACCAUCGACGCAACCGAGCAACUCCGCAACAACGCGAUGAGCCUGCAGUCGCGGUCGUCGAAGCUGGUGGAGAAGUACGAGAAGAAGAAGUGGUAUCAGCUAUAA